UAAGCGGCUGUUAACAGCGCCGUGCAGGUUAUGUAAAAUAAAAAGUAGAAUCGUUGAGAUCAAUUAAAAAUCCAAAGAUUUAGCCCAAUAUUCUGCUUAUAUCAAGCCAUGGUGUUCCUAAAUCUACCCCUUCUGGUGCGGUCCCGUGGUCCGGAUGAAUUCUGGCGGAAGAGGCGCAUUUUCAAGCUGGCAGCGCAUUAUAGGAGCCGCACCCGCAAUGUCUACUCCUUCGCCAUCAGGAGUGUCCAUAGGGCCCUGGCAUACGCCACCAAGGGGCGAAAGCUGAAAAAACUGGACAUGGCGCAACUGUGGAGCACACGAGUGGAGGCGGGUUGUCAGCAGUAUGGAGUGGGUCUGGAAACCUUCAAGGAUGGCCUCGCGCGCUCCGAUAUCCUGCUCAACAAAAAAGUCCUAUCCGACCUGGCAAUUUGGGAGCCGCGUUCUUUCGAAGCUCUAGUCAAGAUUUCUCGCGAGCGGGCUGCUGUCGAGGGAAUGCCGGACAUCAAGCAGAGAUCGGCAUUUAACCAGGUUUACGGACUGAGCAACCUGAAGUUGGAUUAAUUUAGCCUUAAGUAGGAGUUCAAAUAUAGAUAUUUGUAUAUUUUAAA